AUGUUUUAUGAGCCUGUUAUUUUAAGACGAGGAAGUGGAAGUUUUGCGACGAUAUGGCUCGCUGCGACGAGGGGCACUGCCAUUUCUCGCAGAGAGUUCCUGAAAGUCAACGUUGCUAGCACCUGCAACGACAUCAUGAGCUACAUCCUGGUGCAAGUCCUGCCUCCUCAGCCCGACCUGCCGCGGCCUCGCUUCUCCCUCUACUUGUCCGCCCAGCUGAAAUAUGGUGUCGUGGUGGUCUACCACCACCAGUGUGCCAUUUUGCUGAAGGACCUCGAGUCCAUUGUUGACCAGCUGUUGAAGCACAGCAGGUCCAAGACGCUGGACCUGGGGGGACCGGGCAGACAAAUGAUGCUCUCCACGGAUGCUCUGUCUCACCUGAACGAGAUCGACGGGCCUUUGGACCCGUUCUUUGGAGAGAUGGCCGAGUUCCUGCCGAGUGCCAACGCUCUGAUGCAGGAGGAGCAAUCUCCUGAGCGACGAGCCUCCUCCACAGAGCAUGAAGCGACCCCGACCGGCUUCGCUUCAUCUGAGAGCAGGCACACCGCGUCCCCACAAGACAUCACCAUCGCAGAGCCGCGACCCGCCGGCGCCCUUCAGCCCGAGUUCUUCGACGAAGAGCUGGAACCCGCUUCUACGGAUACACUUGACUUUCUGAUGGGCCAGAAUGACAACUUCCUCGACGAUCUGUUGAGGGCACCGGAGGAGGAAGCAAAGAUGUCACCAGGCAAAGAAGUGGAGGUUGUGCGAGAGAGGGAGCCGGAGCUCGAGAGAGACACCACAGCCAGCACUCUCAACGUGGAUCCUGCGAGUGUGUCCAGCCGGGACCGCACCUUGCCUACCCAGGAUGAGCCUCGCCCCCUCGCUGAUCAACAGACCCCCGUCGGUGUCUCACCGCCAUCCUUGUCGCUUCCGACAGCUAUGGCGCAGAUCCCGGACUCAGAGGAUGUGCCCCGCCCAGAGGAGACGGCGCCGAAGAGAAAGAGGGGGAGGCAGCUGAUUUUCUUGGACCCGCACACGCAGCUCUCCAGAGAUGAGAUGGAGUCGCAGAUCCAGAACCCCCUCACGGAGACCAGGGUGCGGCCGUUUCUGCCGCCAGAGUCGUGGAGGUUGAAACGUGCCGAGGAGCUGCUCAGCGAGCCCUGCGGCGUCUUCCCUGAAGACUUGAUGUUGCUAUGGAGACAGGCAACCACCAUCACGCCCAUGGUGGAAACUGAGGCUUGGCCCCAAGACAGAGCCACGGAGUCCAGCGGGUCCAAGAAAGACCUUGGGAUUGGCUUUGACAGCAGCGCUCGCGAGGUGCAGAAAGACGGAGCAGAACAGGAGGAGGCGCACGAGGGCUCAGGUCCUGGUUCAUUUCCACUGGAGGCGGCGGACCAACAAGAGGGCUCCCGGAAUGUCUCGCCCAUUUACCCACUGGAGCAAGAAAGCAGGACCAGAUCUAGCAGUUCACUGGGGGGGAUCACCGAAAUGCCCGAAUCCAGGCCGUUGCUGGAGGAGGAGCAGGAGAAAACGUUGCUUUUCACCUCUCUUUUACCACCGGAACCCGACCGCAGAACUGUUAGCGUACUGUUCCAGAAGCUCAUCGUGACGUUGGCCACCGGAAGGUUAACCGCCGAGCAAGCCGAGCCGUGCGGGGAAAUCGUCAUCCGCCCCGGUCCCAACUACGACGCCGACCUGCCUUUUUAGUCGAGUAUCCCUUGAUCCGUCUGUUAAGCUGUUUUUACAAAUGUUUGUGACGUUGAUUUGACAAAUUUAAAAAUGUUCCAGUUUCCUAACAUUUUAGAAAUGAAACACUUUUACCUAUUCAAAGAAAGUUUGCUAUUUUUACAAAGUGUAACUGUUGUACUGUUUUUUUGUACAAAUUUUCCAGUUUCCUAAAAUUUUGGAAACGAAACACUUUUACUUAUUCAAAGAAAGUUUGCUAUUUUUACAAAAUGUAACUGUUGUACUGUUUUUAGAUAUGAACAGCGGCCGGCCACCUCCCAGAAAAAUUGUCAGUUGUU